AUGGUGUGCCCUAUUGAUUCUGAAAUUGGGGAUGGCUUCGCCCCGUUUUCAAUUUCGAGCAAAAGAGGCCCACAAACCAUACACCGAAGCCCAUGUCAGGGCAAUAAGAAUAACAAAGGCAAUAAUGAGUUGCUUUACUUACAAGUGACUGUCAAUGACGGAGCCACAUAUAAGAGGGGGAGAACCUGUUUAAUGAAAUGCCUUAAAGGCAUCCUCCUUGGGCGCCCCCCCAGAGCUUCAAGCGACACUCGGUCUUCUUCAAUACUGCCUCCAGAGGCUAGUAUUCGACGAGGAUUCGCAACGAAUCCAAUUUCAGGUGCUGGUCAUGCUGACAGUACCCCUGGACUUCUAGCUGCUGGUGAUGUUGACAGCACGCCCCCUGGAACUAAAACUAAAGGACUACUAUCCGCAGCAAUGAAAAAAAACUACCGUCAUGAUGAAAACCUUAUAACUUACCACAUGAUGAAAAAUCCUUCAGCUCUACCAUCAUUUCUUAUUUCAACAUACCUUGAAUCUAAUAAGAUAGUGUUUAGUAUAGGGAUCUCAUGCAUGGGGCUAGUGGAGAGUCCUUCUGUGGUGCAUCAGCUGUACCGGUACAGACACUCACAUGAUAGGUACGUGACGUUUUUUACACGCGCUCGUUCUUCAACUUGCUCUGAAUUGUCGCUCGUCCUACUCCUCUGUAUUGUGGAGCUGGAUAGUCUCAACGGCGAAAACCGGUGGCAGAGGACGGGUCAAACUCGCUUGAAUCAUCUCAGAGCUGUGUCGGCCUUUCGGACCUGCAAUUGUUGUGUCGUCGUGGGAAGAUGCGUUAGAGUUGUUGGGUGGUGCUGCGUUCACGGCAGCGGCGGCGGCGGCGCUAAUAUUGUUGAGAAACGUCAUCGUCGUGGAAGAUUCGACUUCGCCUUCAGCGUUCGUACAAAACGUUAUCUACUCAACAAGAUUGCCAUCUUCUCCGAUUCCUAUUGCCCGUAUGUUAUUAUCUCUGUAUUGCUUGUUCAUUUUGGCUUUUGUGAAGGAUUUAAGAGUGUUCAUGUUGAGGAAAAUAUGAAUCCAUCAUCUCAAAUGGGACCUUUUUACUAA